AUGAACCACCAGCCGGUUGUCGUCAAUUCGCUCCUCUGCUUUAUCCAUAAUUUUCGCGGCAAUCCGCAAGUUCGCAACCUUGUCGCCGAGUACUUCCCGAAGACAGCGAUAGCCGAAGCGAAGAACAUCCUUUGCUCAAAAGUAGCUGACGAGUCGUCUGUCCCUGAGGACGUGUUCGAUCUGUACGAUUUAUUAGUUACUAAGGAAGAGCAGAUGCAGUUUGCCGCUACAGAUCUCACUAUUUUGCCGCUGGCUUUGCUUUCGAAAGAUGAGGACAAGAACGAAAUCAUGCGCGAGCUGAAGACCUUGCGCACAUUUAUCUCCGAUGCACUAGACGGCCGCAUAGAGGACACUCCUCAAUCAAGAGAAACACCUACUCCUAUUGUGCGAUGCAAGCUGAACACAUCCGCCUCGUCCCCCGAAUUCCCUGUUGUUCAUAUUCCGGCAUCCGUCGCUUGCGAAAGUCCAAAACCGUUGUUGUCGUCGUCGCCGAUGAACAACAAUGUUUCACAGCAGCCUUUGCAAAUGGUCUUGCAACGACAGUCUGCUUCCAGCCCGUCGCAGAGCCAGCAGUCUAUGGCAGCUGAGAAUGCGAAGCGAAAAGCAGGUCGAAGCUUAGACGCGACCGUGCGAAAAUUGAGUGAAAAACGAAAGGCCGAGCUGGAAGAACCACCACCACCGCCAGUAACGCCAUAUCAACCUCCUCCGCUUGAUCCACAAGCGUACUUGAAUAUGUUGCGAAUGAUGCAGACUCCACAGACGUCAAUCUUCAACAACGUGAUCAAUCAAAUAAGAAUGAACGGUCAAACGGAGUGCGACAAUUUCGAGGAUCGCGUCGAUGAUUUGGCGGACGAUGGCGAUAGUUCACCGUCACCUUCCGAAGACACCAAGUACGACUUCCCUUUGACUGAAAUGAGCUACGACAAUGAUUCCGAUAAGCCAUUUAUUUGUGAACAUACAAACUGCAAUAAGAGAUUCGCCAACAAAUUCCUUCUGAAGAAACAUCAGUUCAUCCACACAGGACUUCGACCGCAUACCUGUCCCUAUUGCAGUAAACGGUUCAAUCGGAAAGACAACUUGUUACGACAUAAAAAGACGCACUUACAAACUAGCGUCGUCGAGGAUCGAAGAGGCCUUCCUGAAGCCUUCAGUGAGUCGAAAAUAAUGAGGACUAGUCUACCUGAUGCGAACCUAUUCUGUUGUGACAAAGAUAGUCCAAAGGAGGCGAAUGAAGAUGGCUUUCAAGGCUAUGAAGUAUCCGUGGAAAUUUCAUCUGGUCGCAUGAACAGCGCUCAUUUCGUGCAACCCUCUCGUCAAAAUUCUUUUGAAACUAAUUAA